AUGAGCCAACCAUCAACCCCCAUUAGCCAACAUUACAGCUCCAAUUCCAAUCCCUUCGCUAAUUCUACUCCUAUUUCUACUUCCAAACCCAAUUCCAAUGUCUCAAUUCCAAUCCAAAAAAAAAACAGGCCUCCCAAAGAUUUGACUGUUCAUUUCAAUUCCCUCAAAACCUUUCUUGACUCUACUUCUGAUAUCAAAAGAAAAGAGUCUUCCACCACCAGAACCGAACGUGCAAGAGAAAAGCUAGCCAAACUAUCUGUCACCCAGUUUUGCGAGUUAAGCAUUGAUGUUUACGAUGAAUUGCAAAGAAGAAUUAACAACGACAGAAUCGACAACCUAUUGAAAAAUAACGCUCUAAAUAACGACUCUCAAAAAAAAUUAGAUCAUUUGUUGCCCAAGAAAAAUCUUCACCCAAAUAGAAAUCAUGCAAGGAAAAAACUUGCUUUUUUACCAUUCACAAGAUUCAGAGAUUUGGCAAAUGAUAUCUCUUACGAAAUUCAACGAAGAAAUUUGGCUAAUAACCCUAAUCUUUCGAACUACAAUAACAAUCUUCACCAUCAAAACAAAAUUGAUACCGAAUUCACUUCUGCUCAAUCUAAUACCCUCAUAAACCAAUCCACAACAAGCUUUUCUACGCCUAAAGAAAAAGAAGAUACUAUAGAUAAAACCCAAAUGCCAUUUUCCUCCCCCUCAAAAGAUAAAAAUGUGCUAAAUGAUAUUCAUGAAACUAUUGAAAAUCUCAAUAAAAAUACUUUUAAUAACGAUAAUCCCAAAUUUGAAAAAGAUAAUCCCAAAUUUGAAAAAGAUAAUCCCAAAUUUGAAAAAGAUAAUCCCAAAUUUGAAAAAGAUAAUCCCAANUUUGAAAAAGAUAAUCCCAAAUUUGAAAAAGAUAAUCCCAAAUUUGAAAAAGAUAAUCCCAAAUUUGAAAAAGAUAAUCCCAAAUUUGAAAAAGACAAUCCUAUAAUUGAACCAAAUAUCGAAAAUAUUAAAAAUGAAGAUACUAAAGAUACUAAAGAUAUCAAAGAUACUAAAAAUACUAAAGAUACUUCUAAUGACUCUAAACUGCUUGAAUCAUCUAUUCCUACAAUGCCUGUUGGUGUGCAAACUGGGACUGUUAUUCCUACAAAAUCAACUUUGGCUUGGAGUAGUGAUGAAGAAAGUGAUGAAGAACUUGUUCCAGAAAUUCAAAAAGAACCCCCCAAUGAUCAAUUUCAACCUUCAAUCCCAAAUAAUCAAAAUCAAAAUCAAAAUCAAAACGGAAAAGUUAUUCAUCAAAACUUACCUUCCACCAAUAAAAUAAUCUCUCUUGAGAAAUCCAUCUCUGAUCAAACUUCACCCGAAAAAUCCACAUCAACAAAAUAUUCACCCCAGAAAACUGUUCCUCUAAAAAUUGACGAUCAUCAUCAAAUUGACUCUCCCCAAGAAUCUACUCCAGAGAAUGAUCUUCUUCCUGACUUGAAUGAUAUAACUGACCUCAGAAGUCAUUCAAAUGCAAUCUCAAAAUCUCUUAUCCCUGAAAAUUCCUCCGAAUCUCCAACAAAUUAUAACUUUCAUUCCAAUUCUCAUCAAAACUCUAAUAGCUUGGCUUCUAGAACCUCAUCUAUAAAACGUGGUUUAUCAUUAAAUACAAAUAAAAGAGAUAAAGAUAGAGAAAUCGAAUUACUUCUAGAAGAAGGAACUAAAAUGGAUCAAACUAUAACUAACUUGGAACAAAAAAUCAUAACUCUAAAUAACACCAUUUCACAAAAUGACAAAGAUAAAUCAAAUCUCAAUUUCAAACUCGCUAAAUUAGAAUCUGAUUUAGCUAACCAAAAACAAAAACUUUUACUAUCAAAUGAUCAAUUCAAUCUAUUUACUAAAGAAUGGGAGGCCGAAAAGGUAAAGUAUGAUUCAAAAAUCAAUGACCUUAAUAUUAUUCUUGAACAACGUAAUUCCAAUAUCUUGGAUUUGCAAUCAAAUCUAUCCGAUCAAAAAUCCUUAAAUCAUUCUUUUAAUGAAAACUACAACCUAUUAAAAUUAGACUUUAAUGAUUUAAAAACCCAAAAUACUACUUUGAUUGACCAAAAUAAAUCUCUUCAAGAAAAUCUCGACAUCUAUAGUGCACAAAAUGAGAAAGUUUUUCUAAAAAAUAAAGAAAUGCAAGACCAAAUUAUCUCUAAAGAAAAAGACUUAAAUGAAAUUUUAGCCAACUUACAAUCAAAAAAUAUUCUAAUUGCCGAUUUAAGAAAUGAGAUAGAAAAAAACAAUAUUGAAGUUGAUUAUCUUAAAAAUGAAUUGGAAAAUAAAGAUAACGAAAUAGAAAUCAAAGAUUCACAAAUUGAGUCACAUAGGUCUAUAAUCAACAAAGAUAGAGACAGAGAAUUUCAACUUCAGAAAAAAAUCGAAGAUGAAAAAGAGCAAAUAAUUAAAACUAGAGAAUUAGAAGUUGCAGACUUGAAGAACCAAGUAGCUGAAUGGAAAACCAAGUAUUCAGAUUUACAAGAAUCCAAUGAAAACCCUCAUACUUUCAAUCUCAAUUCAAAAGAAAUACAAUUCCCAGAUUUAUCUGAAAAAUACCUGGCUAGAUUUUUUGAUCCUAAUGGAUUACUUUCACUAAAGUCUAUUAUGGACUUAAAUCAUCAUAUAUCAUGCUUUUUAGUAUCUAUUCAUCAGGAACCGAUUCAUAUAGACUCACUUUUUGAAAUCAUUUCCAAGAUUUCUGUGAUAUCUGGCCAGAUUGCAAAUGAUGGAGCCAAUACUAAACAUGGUGAAUACUCCUCCUUAAUAAAAGCUGCUAUUUCCCAUGCUAUCACUUCCAUUAGAUAUUUUUCUCUUUAUCAGUCGACUUUACCUCGAUUGGUGAUUGACAGUGCUGUUGCCGAAAUAUCAUUUUGUGUUUGUAAUUUGAUUUCAGAAGCAAAGAUAAAUCCAAAUGGAGUAAGCUUUGUUAAUUUCUCCAAUAACAAUAUACAAUUUGACAAAUCUUUAAUCAAUUCCACCAAUUUUGAUGAUGCACCAAGACCUUUUAGAACUGCAAGAAAAGGCAGCUCAUUAGGCUUGACAUCAAAUGAAGGAAAGAAUUCUUUUGGUAAAAACAACUUGAAUUUCAAUUCUAAUCAAAUAAGAAAGCCUUUAUUAUCUAUACAGAGUAAAUUCAAUACCGAGAAACCUGACAGUCUCACAAACGGAAAUUUAGAAAAAAAUGAAAUGUUUUACAAAAAAGGUCUCAAAAUUAGUACUCGAAUAAUAGGCAACUCUGAAAAUAUGAACAUUGAAAAUAAUAUAUAUACAAAUGAUAGAAGUGAAGACGAUCACAGUUUUGAUCAACAUAGCAGAAAUAUUUCGGAAUUAUUAGAUAUAGACUCGAACUUUAUUGAAGAGUUUAAUUCAAACAAAGAUUUAACUCAUAAUAACACCAAUAAUGUCACUUCUCAUAAUGGUUUUAAUGGUCAAUUAAUUACCAAUAAUGUUAGCAAAGUUUCAAUUGUUGAUAUUAGUAAGGAACCAAUUGUUUACGAUGUUAGUCAGGACUCAAUUGUUGAUAAUAGUACGAGCAAAAACUCAAUUACUAACAAUAUUAUGAGCAAAGACUCACUUUUUGAUAAUGAUAUAAGCAAAAACUCCACUUCUGAUGAUGGUAUAAACAAAGAAUCAGUUAGUCACAACAAUGAAAGCGAACAAACGGUUAGUCUCAAUAACAUGAGCAAAGAAUCAACCGUUGACCAUAUUAAUGAAGAAUUAAAAACCUCUGGGUUUUUAGCACAAUCAACUACCACUGAUAACAAUUCCGUUUCUUUAAAAAAUGCGAGAGACUUUCCACUUAAAAAGUCAAAUGAAAUGCUACCAUUGGCUUCCAGAAUUACUUCAGGAAAAAUUGUUCAACAAACAAUUAUCUCUCCUUCGGUUUUAGGUAAAGUCCCUCCAAAUGGUAAUCAAAAUGAAGAGGUCCCACGUCCUCUAAACCACACUCCUAAAUCACUUCCUAUAGACUCUAUUGCUUCAAAACUCACAUUAGAAAAUCUGUACAAAUCAAAGGCUGCAGCAAAAACCGUUGUACAUCAAAAAUCCACUAGCAUUUUGAAUUUGUUAAAACAAUUUGAAUCACCUCAAAAUAAAAUUCAAAAUUUAAGAGCUCCACCAAAAGUUAGUAAAAUAAAUGGUAGCAGGAAACCAAGCAUUGGCGUUUCAAAUGUAAUUAGCAACUUUGAGGCAAAUUCAAGAAAACCAAGUUACAAUUCUACUGCACCUGCAAACAAAAUUGCAAAUUCUGAUUUUCAUGUGAUGACUAUUCAAGCUGAAAUCGAUUCAUCUGCUCUUAAUAAUGAAAUUUUACAUAACUCUGUUUCAUCGGGAAUGGCAGAAGUUUUAAGUGGUCUUGCUGUUUCUAAAAAACAUGAGAUUCAAGAAGGUUCAGAUGAUAAUAUUAUCAAAAAUAAAUUGACAGAGGACAGUAUUAAGAGUUUUAAUUCAAUGAACAAUAAGGGAGAUAACUAUGAAAAUAGGUCUAAGAAUAGUGUUGGUGGUGAAAACAGUGAUGGAUUUGAUACUAUUUACGAUAUUGAAGAAGAAUAUAUUAAGGAAAAUCAAAAAAUUGAUAAUGCUAAGUAUAUUAGUUCUACCAUCGAUAGAAAUGGCGGCAAUGAAAAUAAUAACAUUAGUGAAAAAUAUGAAAAAUAUGAUCAAUAUGGUAAAUAUAAUAAAUUUGACAAAUAUGAAGAAUAUGAAGAAUAUGAAGAAUAUGAUGAUAGUGAUGAUAGUGAUGAUAGUGGUAACACAUUGGAUCAUAAUGAAAGGAAAAACUUUUACAAUGAUGUUAGUAACAACCAAUAUGAAAGCGACGAAAGAAAGAUCAGUGAAAGUAAUGGAAACGCAACAAAAAAUAACAAUGAAGGAGAUAGUAUUGAUAAAAGCAUCAAGGUCAUUGACAACAUAAAUAAUGAAAAUAUUAAUAACCAAACCAAAGAUGGUAGAAAUAAUAAUAAUGAAAAUUUAGAUUACAUAAAUCAAAAUAUUAACGAAACUGCAACCAAUGAUUGUAAAAGUAACGUUAUGAAGCCUUUUAAUACUUUAGAUGGUCAUUUUCAUGAGAACACAAAUGGUGCUGACGAUAUUAAAAAUAGUGUCGAGAAGAGAGAUGAUGAUGACAAUCAUCAAUUUAAACCUAUUGAGAAUUAUUAUAUAAGUGAUAAUCUUUAUAAUACAGAAGGUAUUAUUGAUAAUAAAAUCAAUUAUGAAGACAAAGGCAACAAUAGUAAUACGAAUGGAAAAUAUACUGAUAAUAAAAAGAAAAAUCAAUCAGAAAACAAUCUUAUUGAAGAUAUAAACAAUGAAGAAGUGAAUGAGCAAAGCCAAACAAAGUUGGUUGAAAACAAAAUAAAUAUUAAUCAACAAAACUCUUCUGAUAUUCUAGCAACUUCUAGUAUUCAAAAAUCACAAGGCUUAAACGCAGAGAGUAAUAAUUAUUUAAUUGAGCAAUCUAUGGUUUCUAAAGGUAUUAUUACUGAACAAAAGAACUCUGAUUCUAGCUUUCAUUUUUCAGAAAAAAUUGAAAGCUCAGCGUUAAAUGAUAUUUUUACUAACUUUAAUAAAAAUAGAAGUUCUUUAGACCCAAAAAUUUCAGAACCUUUGGAUAAUACACAAAACGAUGGCGACGAAACAAAUAGUUUCAUUUUAUCCAGUUUUGAUUUGAACAAAGAAAAGAUUUACAAUUCAUCAACAAAUGUUUCUUCAACUUUUAAUUCAAACACAAAAUCAUCCAAAGUUAAAUCUUUGGAAAUAAAAAAAUCAUAUAAUUUAAAUAAUAGUACUCAGAAUAAUUUUUUAGAGUCAGCAACACAAAAGGAAAUUCAUGUAGUUGAAUCUUCUAUUUUUAGUCCUAGUGAGAAUAGACACCUAACUCCGAGUACCGAUAAACUGACAGAAAUAAAUGACAUUUUCAGCUCGGAUGAACAAGCUCACAAAUAUAAAUUUAGCCCUGAUGAAAGCGAAUUUUUCACAGACAGAAGUUUGAAUACUGGUGGAAGCAGUGCCAAAUUUCCAUCGCAGUUACACAAAGAGGCAUCAGAUACUGUUCUAGCCCAGAAAGAACUGUCUGGUAAUGAGUUUGCGUUAAGAGCCAGCAACCAGGAUUAUGCCCCCAUUUAUGAUGAUAACAAAGAUUAUCAUUCAAUUUCAAGUUUAGAUACUACGUCAACACAUGAGCAGGAUUUAAAAUUGAAAAAUGAAGUAAUAGUAAAUGAUCAGUAUAAAAAUGUCAACAAAGAUAAUGUAAUUUCUAUCAACAAUAACAGAUUUUCUUCUUCUUUAAGCUCUUCAAGUUCAUUAAAAGAUUUUGAGAUGGAAAUGAAAUAUUCACAAGAUACUAACUUUAAUAACCAUCCUUCUCAAAAUUUUGUUUCUGAUUCUAGAGUUGGUAAUCAGACUCAACAACCAUCUUAUAUAUCAACUCAAGAAAUUGGUUCAGAUUUUAAUAACGAGUAUGAUUCAGAUUCGGAUUUUGAAAUUAUGAAUAGUGGAUUUCAAAUUCAAAAUAACAACUUAGAAAACCAUUCAAUAGACCUAUCUUUAAGCCGAAACAAAACAGAUUCUUUGGUGGUUCCGGAUAAAGUUGAAUUACACAUAAAACAUCCAAUACAACCAAUUGUUGAAAAGUUCGAUAAAAAAAAAGGAUUUUCUUUUUCUUCAUCCAGUUCUUUUAAACAAAUUAGUACUACAAAAAACUCACAUACAAUAGCAAAUGAACUACAAACUCAAGAAGUUGAAAAAGAUAAUAAGGUUGAAAUUCCUAAAAAAAAUCUUAGUUUUUCUGAUGGUCUAUCUCUUCAGCCAAAAGAGUUUUCUUCUUUAAAAGCUGAAGCCUUGAAUCAAAAUAUGCUUUUAGAGAACUCUAGUGAUGAUCAUACAGAAUUUGAAAUGGUGAAUAUUAAGCCGAAAAAGCUUGAUAUUUUAUCUCUGGAGGUUAAACUCAACUUAAUUGAAAGUUCUAACAAUUUGCAAAUGAAUGACGUUAACUCCGACAAAAUUGGAUUUUCACAGCAAAAGAUUUUAGAUAUUCACCAAUCACUGCUUGAAAAUCCUGAUUUGUAUAAUUCUGAUUGCAACAGUCACAAUGUUGAUUUAACUAAUCAUUUAUCAGAAGUUGAUAUUGAUCAUAAAAUGCUAGAAUUAGAUUCUUCCAGGGGUUCAAAAGAAGGAAAGAAUUUGAAAGUUUAUAAUGAAACCAAAAAAUCUUUUAGUAACCUUGAAGAGUCGGACAAGACUGAUUCUUUAGUUAAAGCCUGUGUUUCAAAUAAUGAAUUUGACAACAGUCAUCAACAUUUGCACAAAGAUAGCGAGAAUAGUUCAACUUCUAACUUUGAAAUGUAUAAUGGCUCAACCAAAAGAUUUGUUGAUUCAAAAAAAUAUAAAACCAACCAAAAAAGUUUUGUGAAUGAAAAUUUUGCUUAUAAGUUUGAUCACAAAAACAAUGAUGAUAGUGAUUACUUAUCAGAUGAUAAUGAUUAUAGCGAUUUUUCGUUUCAUGAAAAUGCACACACUGAAAAAUUUUUUAAGGGUCAAGGAUUGAUCUCUAAAAACAUUUACGAUAGCAAUCACAAUUCAGAUUUCGAGUUUUCUAUUGGUCCCGAUAACAGGAAAUUUUUUCGAAAUCAAGAUGAUUUUUACGACAGUGACAAUAUAGAAGAUUUUUCAUUUCCUCAGAAAAAUAAAACCGCUAAACCUGAUCUGUUUGAUGAAGGAACUUCUUUUGAGAAAAAUGUUUUGGACUUGGAUAUAAAGAAUAAGAGUAAGCUACAACAAUCAGAUGAGCAGUCAAGCAAUCAAACCAAUUCCAGAUCAAAAUUUGUUGGCUUUGAAAAAGCACAAAAAGAAAAAAAUGAAGAAAAUACUCAAAACAUAGGUGAUACUCACUUCGAGAAAGAUGAUUAUAAUAUUGAAGAAAUAUUUUUAAAAGAUCCGUCAGAGACUGUUUAUGAUGUGGAGGGUGAAGGCAUUACUAAAUAUUCUCAGAACUAUCUGAAUACUGAUAAGGUAGAUACAGACACAGACAUAGAUGAAAAACCAAAAACCAAAUUUGAAGACUACAAAAAUGAAAACAGUGUGAAGAUGAAAAAUGAAAAAAUAAGUUUGAAUGGCAAUGAAAAGAGUUCAACAGAGUCACCGAAGCCUUUAGCAUAUGAAGAUAAAAAUAAAGAAAGCGUAAAUAAUAAAUGUUUUUCUACAGCAGAGGAGGUAUACUCAAAUGAAAUUUCUGAAAAUGAUGCUUCGGAAAUUUUUACUGAAAAAAAAAAUUUAAAUAAACACACGAAUAAUAAAUUUAAUAUUGAUCUUAGCCAAGAUUUUGAGAAGUUGACACCAAUUAUUACGAAUGGUGGUGAUUCUACAAACUCGAUUAAAGAUCACGACUAUGGUGAUAUCUGUAUUCCAAAUAUUAUAAAUCGGAAAAAUGAUACAGAAAACUCUAGUUUAGCUCAUUUUAACGAAAUUGAUAGUAUUAAAAAUGCUAAAGAAGAAAACGGAAAUGUUACUAAAAUAAUUCCUAAAAGUUAUCCAAUGAAUGUUGCAAAUGUUAAACAAAAUUCGAAACCUAUUAGACUCGAUUUAAAUCAUGAGGAAAAAGAGAAUAAUAAAUUUUUAAAUGAUUUAGGUUAUCAAUUAAAUGUGAAUGGAAAUGAAGUUGGUGAUAAAAGGAAAACGCUGAAUGAAAAAGACAAACAAGAAAACAAUGAUAAAGAAACUUUAAAAAUUAAAGAAAAAAUUAGAAGUAAUUCAUUGGGAAGUAUUGCUGACAAAAACUAUCAAAAAAUUAUAAAUGAGAAUGGAAAUGAUUUAGAAACUCAAGAUCUAGAAGCGAACCGAGAAGUUGCAAGUAAACCCUUACUUUUAGACAGCAUUGAUAACAUUCAUGAUACCAAAAUAAAACAAAAAAGUUUAAUUGAUCAUGAAAAGAAAAUAGAAAGCGGUUUUUUUGUUUCAACUCAAGAAAGUUAUUCUCAUUUAGAUAAUGAGAAUAUUGUGAACACUGAAAGCAAAUUUGUAAAGAGCGAACUGCAAGUUAUUAGUAAUAAUGAAGACCACAGUAUAAUUUUCAAUAAUCAAAAUGAAUUAAAGGAAGAUGAAAAAUUAAUUGGAGAAGAAAUCAAUAAAAAGGAUGUUAUUUCUGAUUUCAUUAGAGAUAAAAAAACAACUAGUAACAUAAUUAAUGAGAUAGAUGCAUUUGAUAUUGAUGAAAAAAGUGUUGAUAAUCAGAGGCAAGUUAAAGAAAAUCUAUUAAAAUCUUUUGUGGAUCAAGACUGUUAUCCACCAAUGACAAACAAUCAAAGUAGCAUCGAAUCAAUUGUUGAGCUAAAAAAUGAUAAGCCUGAAACGCGAGAAACCAAUAACAGUGUUGAUAUAAAACAUCCAAAACAGGAAAAUAAUGUCAAAUAUAUAAAAGAAAAUAAUAAGAAUAUGCUAAAUAUUGAAAAAAUAUUGGGUCAAAAUCAUAACGAUACAAUAAAUAAAAGUGAUCCAAGUGAAAUUGAAACCACCUCAACUGUUGAUUUUCAAAAAAAUCCUGAUAACAACUCAAAAAGUGAUGAGAAUCACAUAGAUGAUAAUAAAAAACUUUUGUUAGAGUUUAAAGAGUUGCUGAAUAAAUCAAAUUCCAAGAACACAGAUAUUGCUUUGGAAGAUCUCAAUCAGGUGGGAAAUAAUUUAAAGGGAAGCCUUUCUAAAUUUGAUUACCAGACCAAAGAUUCUCAGCUUGAUAAAUAUCAAGAAAACAAAUCCAUUGAUUUUAAUGACAAUAAACAACCUAGAACUAUCGAAAAUAAUAAAAAGGCUUUGAAUGAUGACAAUGAAACUGAAACUGAUUAUCCAAAUAAUUUUAAUGAUCAAAAUUAUCAUAACAAAUACUAUGAUGUACAAGAUCAAAAAAAAACUACUUUUGAAAAUGAAAAUAAUACCUCAAAUUCUUUUAUUCAAAAAGAUUUAAACAUUUCUAAUCAAAAUUUAGAUUUAGUCAUUCAAUCCUCAAAUAAAGUAGCAAUAAGAAAACAGAACUUUUCACCGAAGUUGGAUUUAAAAAAUGAAAUAAAGAAUUACAAUGAUAAGUAUCAAAAAACUGACAUUUUGCUGAAUCCUGAUGAUUCAAAAAUAAAAUUAGACUAUUUACCAGAAUUGCAAAUUGGAUUACAGGAAAAUAACUUCGGGCAUGAUUAUGAGACUUUUAAUUCAAAUAACGAUGACUUUUCUGAUGAUAUAACCAAUGAAAUAGGCAACCAGCUAUUUCAAAAUUUGGAGAAAAACACAUAUUGUUUUACAAAAGACAUAAACAGUGAAAAUAUAACAGACAGCCUGCAAAAUAAUGGAAAAUUCGAUAUUUCUACAGAGGAAAAUAAUAAUGGUUUUACAAAAGAAAAGGAGAUCAUCGUUUUUGAAGAAUCAAAAGAUAUUCAUCAAAGAGAGAAAAAGGAAUCUAAUUUGAACCAAACUAUUAAUCAUCAGUAUAAAAGUGAUUCGGAUAAUUCAAAUUUUAGCUCUCAAAAUAUCUUGCUGAACCCAAGGGAAAUUCCCGGGGAAAUUAUAUCAAACAAAGAUGCUACCAAUGAGUUUAUUCUUUUUGGUGAUAAUGGUAAGAUAGAAAAAAAGAUAAAUUCAGACUCUGAAAAUAAUUUACAAACAAUAGCAAAACUUGACAAAGAUACAAAUGAGUCUGUUGAUAUUUAUCAUGAGAACGGGAAUCUUAGGAAAAUAGAUUUUACUUUUUCUAGAGAGAGUAUUGAUAAGCUUGAAAUAACAAAUAAGAAUGAGUUAUCAAGUAAUAAUAAUGAAUUCAUAUAUGGUAAGAAUGAAUUAAUAUUUGAUGAGCAUGAAAUAACAGAUAAUAUUGCUGACUUAGUAUAUGAUAACACUGGGAUAAAAAAUAAUAAUACUAAAUUAAUUCAUGAUGAGACUGAGAUGGCAAAUAAUGAGAACAAAUCGAUAUAUGAUAAUAAUGAGUUAAGUAAUACAAAUAAGCCAAUACGUAAUAAAAUUGAAACUAAAAAUAAUAAUACUAAAUUAAUUCAUGAUGAGACUAAAAUGACAAAUAUCAUUAAUAAAUCAGUAUAUGAUAAUAAUGAACGAGCAAACAAUAACACUGAAUUGCUACAUGAUGAUACUGAAAUAAAAACCAAUAAAACUGAAUUAAUACUUGGUAAGACUGUAAUGACAAAUAAUGAGAAAAAAGGAUUAUAUGAUAAAACUGAGACUAAAAAUAAUAACACUAAAUCCACCCACGAUAAGUCUGAAACAAAAAAUAAUAACAAAUCAGUAGAUGACAAAACUGAAAUUGAAAAUAUUAACGGUGAAAUAAUAGAUGGUAAUAAUGAGUUAGCAAACAAUACAAAGCAGAUUCUAUACGAUGGGAAUGAAAUGUCAGAUAAUAUCGCUGACUUAGUAUAUGAUGAGACUGAAAUGAUAAACAAUGAAAAUAAAGCAGUAUACAACAAUAAUGAGUUAAUAAGCAAUACAAACAAGCCAAUACUUAAUAAGACUGAAACUAAAAAUAAUACUAAAUUAAUUCAUGAUGAGACUGAAAUUAAAAAUAAUAAUAACAAAUCAGUAUACGAUGAGAAUAAAAUGAGGGAUAAUAAAAAUACAAUAACAGAUAGGACUGAAAUAACAGAUAAGAAUCAGUUAGUAAGCAAUACGAAUAAAAUUGGAGAUACAGAUGAACUAGUAAAUGAUAAGGAUAAAAUAAAGAAACAUAUGAAUGAAGUAGCAAAUGAUAGGAAUGAACUAGCAAACGAUAAUAAUGAAAUUACAGAUAAUAAUAAUUUUACAAAUGAGAAUAUUGGAUUGAGAAAUAAUAAGAAUAAACUAACAAAUACUCAAAAUAAGAUUAUCUUGGAAAAUCUUGAACUUAAUUCAAUUAACACAGCUGUGAUUUCCAAAAACAAUUCUUCUAAGAAUGUGGAGAUAAAAAACAAUCAGAAUGUUAAAAAUAUUCAUCAAAAUCCUUUUAUAGAGCAAAAAGCACGCAAUAAUGAUAGCUUUUCUUCUUUAACAACAAAUCUUGAUGGAACAAGAUAUUCAAAUACUAGUAAAGAUCAUACACCAUUUCUAAAAACUGAUAAAGAAAAGUUAGAAAAUAAAUCAUUAAUUUCUCAAAACAAAAUAGCUUCUGAUGAUGAUAAUGAUGAUGGUGAUGAUGAUGAUGAUGAUGAUAAACUUGAAAGUGAAUUCAAUGAUAAUAAAUGCUUUGUAAGGACUUUGGAUGAAUCAAAAACUAAAGUCAGUGAGGAAAAAGCAUAUCCAAAGGCAUUUAUUGAAUUGGAGAAUAAAUACAAAGCAGAUUUAAAAACAGAUAGCAAAAUAAAUAAAAGUAAAGAAACAAAUAAUUCUGGAUUAAUUCAAAAUCCUUUGAUACUUGAAAACAGUCCUGAAGAGUAUUUGGGUAAAAUUAAUUUUGAGUCUGAUAGCACUGAGAUGCCCUUUAAUCAAAAAAGUGAUUUUGAAGAUUACGAAGACUUGAAUGAAAAAAGACAAGAAGAAAAAUAUCGUGAAGCCCAGUUUCCACAGUAUACGUUACGGCAGAACACUGAAAACGAUAAAACUUAUAUUCAAAAUCAAACUUGCAAAACAAAAACCGAAAAAGAAAAUACUUCAAAGACUAAUUAUCAACAAGAAAAUUAUGGGUGGAAAACUUAUACACAACCAGAUCAACAAUCUUCAAAUUAUAAACAGCAGCAUACUGAACAGCGAAAUUUUGAACAGCAAAAUCAACAAUUUAGAGAUAAUCAACAGCAAAUUAAUCAACAACAAAAUAUUACACAGUACAGUCCGGAACUUCAGAAUCACCAACAGCAAAUUACUGAAGAAUAUGACUAUAAAGAGUUAAGCGAAAUAAAAAAUAACCAUCAACCUAAAGCACAAGAUUAUCAAGAACAAAAACACAAACCAAAAGAAUAUCAAUCCGACGGUUAUGAACCGAACGAGCCCAGCCCAAAAGCUUACAAUUCACAAGCAUACCCAAAUAAAAUGGAUAAAAAUGUAAGCAAUGAAAAUGAAAUUGAAAAGAAACAAGAAAAAAGUGGUGAUAUUAUAACAGACAAAACAUAUGGAAUGGGAAAACUAGACAGCACUGAAUUUUCUCAUCCAAGUGUUCUUAAUGUAAUAGUUAAUGAUAAUGUUUUGGAACCGCAUAGUGUUUAUAAUGCUACAAAUUCCAGCUUUUUAAAAGAGAAUCAAGUUGAAAAAGUUUCAUUCAGUGAUGAUACUAUUCACACUGUCAAAUAUAAUCAAGUUGAUAACAGCAAUCAUGUUUCUCAAUCUACACUUAAAGGCUUUGGUGUUGGUAAAGAAACAACAAAUAAGUCCAAAUCAAAUGAAAAUGAAGUUGAAAAUGACAAAAGCAACUCAAACGAAAUUCAAAAGCAUAUUGUGGAGAAAAGUGAGGAUUAUGAAAACAACGAUAAUCGAACAUUGGGAAAACUGAGAAAAACUACAGCUUUAAAUAUUGAUUCAAAAUCUAAUUAUGAAAAUAAUUUCGUUGAAACUCUGGAUAUACACUACUAUGAUGAUUUGGUAGAGGAAGAUUCAAGUUUAUCUGGAUUUAAGAAUCAUAACAGAAAUUUAUCUGCAAAAAAUUCUAAAGCUGAAAAUUUAUCCCAAAGCAAAUAUAUUGAUGUCCAAACCAAUACAAAAAAUCGGCUUAUGAAUGAAAGUAAAAAUCUAAUGAUGGAUCAAACAUCUUGGCAUGAACAAGUUCUGAGCAAAAAUGAUAGUGUUAGCAAUAAAGAAAAUAUGGCUACUGUUCUCAGGUUGCCUGUAGAUUCCUCAGCGGCUUCAUAUAAAGCACAAUUGCAACAAACUGAUGCUCUCAGUAUAGAUGGUAGAUCUGAAAAUUUGAGACAAAGUGAUAAUUUUACUGACAAAGACCUUUCCAGUGGUUCUGAUGAAAGAGAAACUCGAGCAAAUGAAAGCGAUGGGUUAAGAAUGGUUAUUUCAGGUAGUGAACCUCUUCUGAACACUAAUUUAUCUAUUACAUCAUCGCAUAAGCUGCUAGGUACUGAUCGAACUCAUAAUAUGAAUCAAAUGCAGUACGAGUAUCAGAAAUCUGGAUAUGGCAAUAAUUUGGAUGUUAAAGGAAUUAACUAUAAUAACACUUUGUCUGUUAUGGGUAGUUCCUAUGAUAAAAAAGUGGAUGGUUAUCAAUCAGGCGAGUCUGUUAAGCCAAAUCCUAUAGAAAUUCCACAUUCGAAUUAUUCUGUUCCUAGCAGCGAAAACUCUUCUCUUCCGCCACUGAGAGAUGAUUUGGAUAAAGAAGCCGAGGAAUUUGAUAUUGAUACGUUUGAUAUUGACGAUCCUGAUAAUACAUUGGCACAUCUUUUGUUGUAUUUGGAGCACCAAACCAUUCAAGUGAUUUCUACGAUCCAGGCAUUAUUAACAACUAUCAAACUACCCGAUUCGACCAAUGGUCAAUUGAGAGAUAGUUCAAGUGCAAUCACAAAGGUUGUGAAUCAAAUGUAUGAUGCUACUCGGGUUUCAAUGUCACAAAGCAGAAACUACCAGUUAAAAGAACAUGGCAUUUGGGUUACACAAAACUUGUAUGAUUGUGUCAGAAGAAUGGACAUGCUUUGCAACAAUGGGAAAUUCGAUAGAGAUUAUGCCGAUAAACACUUUAAACAACGGCUUGCAGGAAUUUCAUUUGACAUUGCUAAAUCCACAAAGGAACUUGUUAAAACAGUUGAGGAGGCGUGUAUUAGAGAGGAAAUUUCUGCUAUUGACCAAAAAUUGAAUAGAUUUCAGCAAAUUUGA